CUGAUAGUAUCACACAGUAUCGCCAUGUCCCAGCAUCCCUCGGCCAUCAUGACACCCCAGAUCCGUAGUCAGGAAUGUCCUCUCUCGUCUUUCACGGUCAUCUCCAACUCUUUCUCCAGCUUCGACCACGCUAAAGACCGAGAAGCCGGAACCAACUGACUCCGUCACUCAUCCCGCGAUGUAGCCUAAUUGUGGGAACUUGCCGUCAGGUUUCCCCGCCUUUCAUUUACUCUUACACACACCUUCAGAUACCUCGGCCAAGCUCAAUGGGUUUUUCAGUUUGACCUGACCGAGUGUGUUGCAAGCUGAAAGUCUCUGACUCCACACCUUUUGCUUCGUCCUGAAAGCCCAAUAAAUAAGGCCACUCGUCGGCCAGGGGGCUAUGAUGAUGAUGCUUGCUUGAUUCCCCAACUGACCACCGUUAUAGUCGUCCCGUAAAUUCUCUCUACCUUCAACCUUCUAAACGACACCCUCUCAGUUUGAGUCAUUCGCAAUGAAGGGACAAUACACAAACUCCGGUCCCAUCACCGCCGACGUCGAUUUUGACAAAAGCAAUGUUAGGGGCAAGACCGCGUUCAUCACUGGAGGCGCCAACGGCAUAGGAGAAGCCUACACCCGGCACUUGGUAAAAAAUGGAGCGUUUGUUUUGAUUGCCGAUCUUGACCAAGAGUGUGGCACCGCUUUGGAGAAAGAACUCUCUGGCUCAGUCAAAUUCGUCAAAACCAACGUCACCAAAUGGGCAGAUCAACUUGCCGCUUUCAAACAGGCCCUUACUAGUUCUCCUUCUGGCCGAGUCGACAUUGUUGUCGCCAAUGCCGGCAUCAGUGCAGCCGACUCGGUCUUUUUAAACGACGUCGAACAGGAUGAGCCAGAUGAGCCAACACUUAACAUCAGCCAAAUCAACCUGGAUGGCGUUCUCUACACCACCAAGCUUGCCCUGUUCUAUUUCCGGAAGCAGAACGCCGCCAACAAGGGCCCACCCCUGGAUCAAGUUCUGGUCUUACAAGGUAGUCUAGCUGGUUACCUUGAUCUCCCCGGCGCCGUCCAGUACGCCGCCUCCAAGUAUGCUCUUCGAGGCAUGUUUAAAUGCCUGCGGAGGACCGAGUUGCAACACAAUAUCCGGGUCAAUUUCAUCGGCCCAUGGUUCAUCGCCACCAAGAUCCUGACCAAGGACGUCAAAGAUAUCUUGACGUCUCAGAACGUCGAGUUUGCCACCGUCGACGAUGCCGCUGUGGCCCUGCUCAAGAUUGUCUCCAACCAAGACGUCAUUGGCCGUGCCUUGGCCAUUGUGCCUCGAAGCAUCGCUCCAAGUGGCUACCUGGAUAUUGGCAUCGAUGACUAUGACGAGAACACCUUAUUAGGCAAGUUACAGGCCGGCGUUGGAGGUGCUACUCAUCGCGCCACCUUGAGUCCAGAGAAGCAACAGCCGGUUACAUCAUGGUGACGGAUCUCCAUAGGCAUUACUACUACCCAAGGCCCGGGAGGUGGGGGACUGUGAAGACGAAAGGUCAUGUGACCUGAAAUAUGAUCAGUUUGAAGAGGGCCUUCCUUGCCCGAAACGCCAUAUGGAUACUUACUGAAUAGUGUAUUGUGCUCCAUAUCAAGCUUAUAGCUUAUCACUGC